UCCAUUCGGCGUUUGUUGUGCUGAAGAAAGCCGGAAGCGCCCGGCAGCUCGACGACGAUCAGCGGCUGUAUGGAUUGUGCGAUAACGACUACGGGAUUACUGAUAUGGAUCUGGAAUUGACGGAGAAUGCGCCACAGGCGAACCACAACAACCUCAGCCUUCCGGAGGUUAUUACGGUACGAGUUCCGGCCGACGAUUUCCUGGAGGGAAACACUAGCCGUGACAUUGUGGUAGAAAUCGAAAACCUGCCGAUCGUUAAACCUUUUCUAGGUGGACACAUAGACAAAGUCACCAAGCUUGAAUAUCACGAUGCCUACACCCAAACCGGACCACCGUUUGAAAGGAUCAAAUUUGAUGGAAUCCUUAGUCGGGACACGCAAACGGUCGAGGUAAAAACUGUGGAAGUUGACACUCCGUUAGAUCAGGCCGUGGCUGUCUAUGGAGAGGCAGUUGAGAAAACUUUUGCGACUCGGCUCACCGAUCGCGUUAUACAGCCCGGACCCUAUGAAACCUACGAAGAGAUGAGCAAACGGAUUAAUUUCGUAGGAAAGGUCACAAUGAUUCAGCGAAACCUUCGACGAUAUCGAUGGCAGGAACUCAUCAGGGAAAGCGCUGCCGAGUGGAGGCGACUUCAGCAAGAGCAAAUACGUCGAGAAGAAAAACGCAUCAAGGUACAUUCGGAUGGGUACCGGAAGGAGUGCAUCGUCAAAACGUUUCCCAAAACCAAAGAAGAUUUCGAUGCCCUAUACGCACAGAUUCAACACUGGAAGGAAAAUGAACUUAAGCUGAUUUGCGAAAAAUAUUCCGGCGCUCCCAAGAUUGCCGAAAUGAAUAUACUGCUGGAUAAGGAGGUUCAACUUUUAAACGGGAUCGAACGCCAACGUCAGUUAUUAAAGCAAGAAAUUCGGAAGCAGCGCAACGAACAAAAAUUGAAAAAUAUGGGAGAUCCCAUUAAAUGGAUUGGUUACAAGGAACUAAUCAUACAAAUGGAUACUUUGCGAAAUCAGCGUGCCCGCUAUUUGGGAAGUUAUUAUCAAAAAUUAUCGGACGAGGAUUUAAAAAAUAACGAUCGAAUAGAAUUGUUGAACCAAGUUUCCGAAGUAUUGACCAACGAAGAUCAUCCAGCCAUUGGAGAGCUCGAAACACUUCUACAACGUGAAAGACAAUUGCUGUUAUGCAAGGUUGACGAAAGCAGUAUGGAUUUGUUGAGGAAACGGCAACUUAUCCUGAUGAUGGACAUAAUUCAGUAUGACAAGUUCAAGCAAGAAAAAAAGCAUGAGCAACCUACCAGAUUGUGUAAAAAAUGUAGCACAGUGCAACCGAUAAGAAGAUUUCCUCUGGACACUCGCCAGAAAUCAGCAAGUGUUUGUGAACGGUGUACCGAUCUACACGGUCCUGCUGUCGAUAUUUCCAUCUAUCGAUCUAUACUUCGUUCUAUUCGCAGAGAUGAGAAGAAAAGGGCAGCUCCUUCGUCCUAUGCAUUUAUUAUCCAAGAUACUGAUAUCAGAUAUAUCGUUGAAAACAUCUGGCAUGGUCAUUCGGCAAUUUCAAGUGAAACGAUUCGAGCCGAGCUGAGGCUGCCCCGUUGGAACGCUUCUAAAGAUUGGACUCCUUGGAACUGUAUCUGUUUGACGGAAAGUGAAGCGAGGGCUCAUCUAAAAAUUGUAAAUUUAUCCAAUUAUUACGAGGAAAGUAUUAUAAAGGACAUUGAAAACAAACACGCUCUGGCCCGGUCAGGCUUUAGACAGCUGCGUGAAAUCGAUCAAGCCUUCGUAGAAUCGGGAACCUGGUGGAACGCAGGGUUGUGUGAAAAAACAGUUUAGCUUGGAUGUUCUGAUCAAUUUUAUUCUCCAAUUGCGAGCGAUAAUAAAACAAAUUACUAACUCUAUAA